UCAUAUCUUAAACGAAAGGAAACAACUUUUCUCCCAUUAUCACGAACAAAAUAUGGCAAAUGCUGGUAGCAGCAGUAGCAGUACCAUCAGAGAGCUGCAUUUUGUUAAAUGGUUAGUGAAUUCUGAUUUAAAUGAGAAUCCCUCUGACAACACUGAUGAGGAUGAUAUCGAUGAAAGUGGACUGAAGAUGUGCAAUGAAUGGGAUUCAGACCUGCACGUCCCUGAGGAACAGUACCAUCUACCCCGGAGCAGCCCUGUCAUGUCCCGCAAGAGACACAACACAGAGACAGAAAAGACGUCUGAUCUGUCUUUGACACCUCCAAUAUGGGAACUAUCCAUCUCUCCAAUGACGAAAUCAAACGAUCCAAGUGCACAUAGAUUCAGUCGUGUUGAGAAAGAGAGAGACCUUGAUCACAAUGAUUCACCCAAGGGCUCUUCAAGACAGACACAGUUCCUCGCAGGUAAUCAUGGCCGAGGAAUUUCAAGUGUCUCUCAGGACACUCAGCUUCACAGCCAGUCUUUAGUGUCUGGACGGUUACAUGAGGGUUUCCAGUCAAAGACUAAAAGAGCCUGCUCUGACAUCCCACUACCAUCUAGGCAGAGGGGCUCAGACCAAGCCACAGAAGACUUCUACAGUUUGGACAAGGAAAAUGCUCAUUUUGUAGUUGUGGAUAUGGUGCUGGAAGUUCUGGAGGCUGUGAAAUGGGUUGUGUGUCUGCAGCAGUUAAAAAAUGCACAUCCACAUCAAGACAGAUGUGAAACACACAAUACUUCAAAAACUGAUUCAAUCUCUUCCUUUGACAGCGGGUUUGAGGAUGACAGCGCCUCCCAACUGUUUUCAAACAGACACUCCCUAGCUUCAUUUCAGAGUUGUCUCCAGAGCUAUAGAAUGCAGUGGUCUGCUGAAGAUUUAGCCCAGAAUUUGGUGUCAGAGUUCAGGAAGCAGUGGUUCCCAUCUGAGCAACUGCAAAACCCUGUCAACCUCAACUCUGCUCUGCAGGAAGUCGCUUUGGCAGAGGACAGGAUCAGUCUAACUGAAGAGAUCAUGCAGAAGACCAGAAUGAGAGGAACAUUAACCUGGGCUCCACCCAGAUUUCAAAUCAUCUUAUGUGUCCAGCCAACACACAGACGCAGUGAUGUCAUCACUUCACAGUACUUCCUGUGUGCAGGUUGUGGUACUGAAGUCGAGCCCAGGUAUAUGAAGAAAUUGCGGUAUUGUGACUAUCUGGGAAGAUACUUUUGUGAUGGCUGCCACGGUGGUUUGGAAUCAGUGAUUCCAGCUCGGGUUCUGAAUAACUGGGAUUUUGCACGGUAUCCGGUCUGCCAUUUUUCCAGACAAAUACUGGACUCUAUAUGGCAGCAACCGCUUUUCAAACUUACAAGUGUGGCCAAAAACCUGUACAGCCAGGCCAAAGAGCUACAGCAUUUCAGAGAACUACAGGAGCAACUAAUAUUCAUCAAAAAGCUUCUGAGUACAUGCAGACUAUCAGCUGGAGUCCUAAAUGAGUUUGAACAACUUCCUGCUCACCUGAUGCAGGAACUCCACUUCUUUUCAAUGGAUGAACUCAUCAGGGUGAAAAGGGGUCAGCUCUGUACCAUUGCAAAAGCCUUGCUGCAGUCUGCAGUUGCUCACAUAGACCUUUGUGAGCUGUGUCAGGCCAAAGGUUUUAUCUGUGAGUUCUGUCAUGGGAAAGAAGUGCUUUUCCCUUUUCAGAGAGACAUCUGCACACGCUGCCAAGAUUGCAGAGCCUGUUUCCACAUCUCAUGUGUCCGUGAUGAAUCGUGUCCCAAAUGUGCCAGACUCCAGAAACGGAAGAAAAUCCAGGAAGAGAUCAGUUUAUGAAAUCGACACGUCCCU